AUGGCCUCGAACAGUCUUGAAACCCGUUACUCGAGCUCUGCGGCCGUUUCCGAGGGUAACGCUGUCAAGUUCCAUGUCGCUGGCUGCGCCUAUUUCUGGGCGGUUUCAGAGGCAUUGCUUACAGCGAAGGAUUCCGUUUGGAUAUUAGGAUGGUGGCUAUCGCCCGAAGUCUACCUGAGACGACCGCCAUCCGAGAAUCAACAGUACCGGCUCGAUCGGAUGCUUCAAGCGGCUGCCAAGCGGGGCGUCAAGGUCAAUAUUGUGGUAUUCAAAGAGGUCAAGGAGAUAAUGAUCCUGGCUUCGAGACAUACCAAGCGCGCAUUAGAGUCCCUCCACCCUAACAUCUCGGUCUUCCGAUACCCAACCCAUAUCGAAAAUGCGCAGGACAUCCUCUCAUCGGCGAGAAGCAUAUUUGAGAGCGUGGGUGCCGGUUACGCUGCGGAUGUGGACCAUAUCUCAGAUAGGACACUGCAGACGCUCUUUGGCAUGGUAGGAGGACCGACUCUGCUAUGGACUCACCAUGAGAAACUCGUCAUUGUCGACCAGCACGUCGCGUUCUUGGGAGGCAUUGACCUUUCGUACGGCCGCUGGGACCCAAUACAACAUCCCAUUGCUGAUGCCCAUUGUGACAACGGGGAUCAAAUUAUAUUUCCUGGUCAGGACUACAAUAAUGGCCGAGUGAUGGACUUUAAAGAUGUCGCCAACUGGGAGCGAAACGAGCUGCUUCGCCGCGACACAUCCCGUAUGGGAUGGGAGGAUAUCUCUCUCAGUGUUACAGGCCCUGUUCUUGCCGACAUCUGCCAGUACUUUGUUGAUCGCUGGAACUUUAUUCACAGGCGGAAAUACAACAGCGGCUUGCCUUGUCUGCGGAGAUAUAAGCCCUUGCCACCGCCAAAGCCAUACAUUCGGAGGGUGGACGAGCCUGCUGGGUCGAUGAGCUGUCAAUUGCACAGCAUUUAUAAUGCGUAUCUCGACAUCAUCGACAAAAGCGAGCAUUUCGUGUACAUUGAGCAGCAGUUUUUCAUCACCGCCACUGACCAGUCGCCCGGUCCGAUAUGGAACAGAGUCGGUGAUGCACUCGCCGCGCGUAUUGUUCGUGCUGCAAGAGAACAAAAACGCUACAAGGUCGUCGUCGUCUUGCCUGCAGUCCCUGCAUUUGCUGGCGACCUCCAGUCUCCCAUUGCUGGCAAGCCACCGCGGGCACUCAUGAAGCUGCAAUACGACUCCAUUAGUCGAGCUGAAUUCAGUGUGUUUGAGAUAUUGCAGAAACAAGGAAUCAACCCAGAUGAGUAUAUCAGCUUUUUCAACUUGAGGAGCUACGACCGCAUCAAUAUGGCUACACCGGAGAAGCCUGAUAAUGUCGUCAAUUUAUUCGGCUUCCAGAUACCAAUUCCGCAAUUUCGAGCGCGAAAUGCACGGCCUCGAAACAGCAACUGGGACAGCGUCAGUUCAUGCUACAUGUUUGGUGAUGACGACAUCAGGAAUGUUCCCUGGCCCGACGCUUCUGUCCCUGACAUCGAUGCCUUCGUGAGCGAGGAGCUGUACGUCCACUCCAAGUUGCUUAUUGCUGACGACAAGGUGGUAGUCUGUGCUUCUGCCAACCUCAAUGACCGGUCUCUCAAAGGGAGCCGCGACUCUGAAAUGGGACUCGUCGUGGAAGGGGGCGAUGUCCUGGCGACGACCAUGCAUGGCCAGCCCUUCCAAGCAAGCAAGUUUGCCGCUACGCUGCGCCGGUACCUCUAUCGCAAGCACCUUGGCCUUCUGAUUCCUCAGGACAUGCGCAACCCUGAUGGCCACUUUAUGCCUGCACCUGUGCCAGAUGACUACGAUCACGGGUCCAAGGAGGACCAGCUUGUGGCGGAUCCACUGAGUGACGAGUUUCUGCAGCAUUGGAACGAUGUUGCACAUACAAACACCGCUGCCUUUAGAAAGGUGUUCGCUCCGGUUCCAGAUGACUCGGUCAAGAGCUGGCUGGAGUACGACGAGCUCUUCUGGAAGCGUUUUAUUGGGCCGGAUGGUUUUCACUUUGGACAAUGGGGCCAUGUCCAGAAGAGCAACUUCUCAGAUGGUGACGAGGGAGUCAAGCAGGUCAAAGAGGAAUUGUCAAAGAUCAGGGGUACAUUAGUUGAGAUGCCGCUGCAAUUUCUGGUCAACUCGAAUAUCCAGAUAGAAGACCUGGGAUAUGAUAUCAUCACCAGGCAGGGCUACGUCUAGCCUUGGACACCCCCUGUCAUUAUUAGAGGGUAAACCUCGAAUUU